AGUCACCUUGCUCUGGCCGCUGUGCCACUCUGGUCCCAGUGCAGGUGGACUGUCCAGCCCUCAGGCGCACAGACAGGCGGUGGAAAUCGGACCAGAAGCUGCGCGACCACCGAUCCAACAUGGCAGAUGCAAAACCGAAGACCUCACCGAAGGCAAUCAAGUUCCUUUUCGGAGGCUUGGCUGGGAUGGGGGCCACUGUGUUUGUGCAGCCAUUGGAUUUGGUGAAGAACAGAAUGCAGCUCAGUGGCCAGGGCACCAAAGCUCGGGAAUACAAGACGAGCUUCCAUGCUCUCGCCUCCAUCCUGAAGAACGAGGGUGUUGGUGGCAUCUAUACAGGUCUUUCUGCAGGUCUGCUCCGCCAGGCCACCUACACCACGACACGUCUGGGAAUCUACACCAUCCUCUUUGAGAAGAUGACCGGAUCUGACGGUCGACCACCCAACUUUUUCAUGAAGGCUCUUAUUGGAAUGACAGCUGGAGCAACUGGAGCUUUUGUUGGGACCCCAGCUGAGGUGGCCCUCAUCAGGAUGACUGCUGAUGGCCGUCUUCCAGUUGACCAGAGGAGAGGCUACACAAACGUGUUCAACGCACUAGCUCGGAUCACUAGAGAAGAAGGUCUCACUACACUUUGGAGGGGGUGUAUUCCCACCAUGGCUCGGGCGGUUGUGGUGAACGCAGCUCAGUUGGCCUCCUACUCGCAGUCCAAACAAGCACUACUAGACUCAGGGUACUUUGGCGAUGACAUCCUGUGUCACUUCUGCGCCAGCAUGAUCAGUGGUCUGGUUACCACAGCUGCAUCCAUGCCAGUUGACAUUGUCAAGACCAGAAUCCAAAACAUGAGGAUGAUCGAUGGGAAGCCAGAGUACAAGAACGGCCUGGAGGUGCUCGCCCGGGUCAUACAGAAGGAGGGCUUCUUCUCUCUCUGGAAAGGUUUCACUCCAUACUACGCUCGGCUGGGCCCACAUACUGUCCUCACCUUCAUCUUCCUGGAACAGAUGAACCGGCUGUACAAGACUUACGUCUUGGACCGCUGAAGCUCACCUUACACCCUUUUAGGGAAAAUAAACCUUGCGUCAGUAUUUCGAUUGUGCCAGCAUCUUACGCUGCCCUGACCUGGUACAGUCAACAGACACACACACACGAUUCUUUUGUACAAAAGAAUGUAAGAUAAUUGUAGUGGAAACAAAUUCCUAUGGUAAAUUUUAUUCUUAGUUUUGAGCACAUACCCUUUGCAAGAUGAGGUAACCAUGGUUACAGCUGCUGAUGGACAAUUCAGAUGAAAUAAAAGGUCUUAAUCUUG